AGCCAGCCAUGGAGCCCUUGCGGCUGUUCGCCCUCUGCGGCCCGGACCAGCCGCCAAGCCCGCUGCACCGGAAGCCCUCCAGCGCCUCAGAGCCUCCUCACUUCUCCCUGACCUUGCCUGACCCCUUACCCUCGGUGUUGGUGGUCUUCGCCCUGGGAGAUUGGUCCUUGUGCCCCGGGGGAGCCGAAGCGCAGGUGAUUGGAGCCAGUGGCAAGUCAACUCGCCUGGGCAUCCUCUCCGAGCAAACGAGGUGUCUUCUCUGGGAGGGGGAUCCCUCUAAGCCCCCCGGUGGGGCAGCCGGCUCCUGGGGCUACCAGCUACAAGUACGAGGUCAGGAAGUCUCGAGGCCGGAGUGCCCCCCUGCAGACAAACGUCGUCGCCAUUUUCAGGAAAAAGAGGAAGGCGGGGAGGAGAACACAUGUCCCAAUGUCCGGCCAGCUCCCCGCCUGCGGGGCAGGUGCCGCAAACCACCCGUUUCCCGCCCAAGGAAGUGCAGCACCGAUGUGGAAGCGUCAGCUCCCAGUGCCCGCUGGGGUCAUACUUUGUGCCCUGUGAAGGAGGGGAUGGCAGUACUGAUUGGGGGCCAGGGCGCUCACCUGCAGUUUUGCAAGGAUGCCAUGUGGAAAUUGAACACAAUGGAUGAGUCCUGGGCCCCCGCGGAGACCCUGACUGCCGGUCCCCGGCCGGAGAGCCGCACGGGUCACACGGCGACUUUUGACCCCAACACGGGCCGGGUUUACGUAUUUGGCGGCUCUAAGAACAGGAAGUGGUUCAAUGAUGUCCAUAUCCUGGACACCAAGACCUGGGGCUGGGCCACUGUGGAGGCCCAGGGCAAAGUCCCUCCGCUCUCCUAUCACAGCAGCUGGUUGUUCCGGGGUGAGCUGUUUGUCUUCGGGGGAGUGACUCCGAGGCCGCACCCCGAGCCUGACGGCUGCAGUGACGGCCUGUAUGUCUUCGACCCCCAGGAGCGGAUCUGGUACCGGCCCAUCGUUCUAGGACAGCCGCCCUGCCCUCGCUCAGGGCAUUCGGCCUGCCUACUCCAGAAGAAAGUGUAUGUCUUCGGGGGCUGGGAUACCCCACUCUGCUUUAAGGACCUCUUCUUGCUGGACUUGGGACUCAUGGAAUUCUCUGAAGUGAAGACGGCUGGGACUGGCCCGUCUCCCAGGUGCUGGCACGCCGCGGCCCCCGUGUCCAAUCGGGGAUUCCUGUUGCACGGUGGAUACGAUGGAGAGCGCGCCCUCGGUGACACUUUCUUCUUCGAUUCAGAGAAUGAGGUCUGGACGAUCCUCAGCUCCAGUGGCCUGGGCUGCCUGCCCCGGGCUGGGCACACUUUGCUGCCCCUGCCUGGCAGAGGGCCCGGAAUGGAGGAGGAAGCCGAGGAGGAGUUGUUGCUCUUCGGCGGAGGUGAUAACGAGGGCACCUUCUACUCUGACACCAAGAGAUUACCCCUGAGUGCCCUCUCCCUCCCAUGAGCCCAAAGGGAGCUCACUCAAGAGAGGGUGGGGAGGGAGGGCAACCUGAGAUCACUGGGGCACCAGGGCAGGGGCUGCCAACCUCCUCCCUCCCUUUCUCCAUCCUUCCCAUCUGCUUGCCAAAGGCUUCGACCCUCAGGAUGAGGACAAGAGAGGGGGCAGCUGGCACUGCCAAGGCCGUGCCUGGCUCUCGUGCUGCCCCAGCGGCUGGCUCCUCGUGACUCUGGGAGAGGGCGCCUGGUGCUGAUUUCCUUCCCAACCCAACUCCCCAUCGCGUGUGCACAUCCCUGUGUGUGGCUCUUUAUUAAAGACGGAAUAACAUGUGACUGA